AUGCUUCGAUUGUACACUUUGUUUAUAUUGGGAAUUUUGGCGACUGCUUGCAUGGCUGUGCCUUUCUGGAUCGGUCGACAGCUUCCACCAGUCCUCAAACGGAUAUCACAGCUUGAUGAUGGCGAUGACAUCUUUCUGGUGGUUCCACAAGUGCGAGAACGACGAUCACAGCCGAUCAUUGACUACACGGACGAGUUCUCUGCAGAUCCUUUCGAGGUGCCAGAGAAUGCCGCUGAACAAAGGCCGAAGACCUUAGCAAUGCUGGAUAUUUACCACUGA